AUGCAGUUUUUUUAUUCGUUUAUUGAAUCUAUUUUUCUUCUUCUUUCUCAUCUCUUGAUAAUAUCCACGACUUUGCAAAUGUCUUUACUCUCACUAAUGCUACUUCCUUUCCUUCUCUCUUUCGAUCUUUUUUUCUUUUCCUUUCCUUCUCUCUUUCGAUCUUUUUUUCUUUUCCUUUCCUUCUCUCUUUCGAUCUUUUUUUCUUUUCCUUUCCUUCUCUCUUUCGAUCUUUUUUCUUUUCCUUUCCUUCUCUCUUUCGAUUUUUUUUUCUUUUCCUUUCCUUCUCUCUUUCGGUCUUUUUCUUUUCCUUUCCUUCUCUCUUUCGAUCUUUUUUCUUUUCCUUCCCUUCUCUCUUUGGCUCUUUUUCUUUCUUUUUCUAUUUCGCUCUUUUUUUCUUUCCUUCUCUCUUUUUUUCUUUCCUUCUCUCUUUCGCUCUUUUUCUUUCUCCUUCUCUCUUUCGCCCUUUUUCUUUCUCCUUCUGUCUUUCGCUUUUUUUCUUUCUCCUUCAUUUCUUUUUUGCUUUUCAUUUAA